UUAAACAUGGGGAAACACAAAAAGCGUUCCCACAGUGAAGAACGAGGUGAGGAAACCAAAAAAUUACGGCGUGAGAUGAAAGAUCUGAAGGAACUGGUUAUGAGGGUUUUAGCAACCCAACCUAUACACGAUGCUGUCAACAUGGCGGAUAGUGAAAAUAAUAACAACAGUUUACGAGACGACGCCUCAACGGAUUUGUCUUAUCAGCAACAAGGUCAAAAUCAGGGUACUGGAGAAACACCUGAGACCCGAGAUACAGAAUCUCAAAUCGGACUUAUUGAUUUAACUGACACAGUGCAGGGCGAAAUAGAAGGCUCAAAGAAGAAAAUCGAGGAGCCUGGCUCGUCAGCGACCCUGGAUGAGGAUAUUAUAAAGAUAUUGGGUCAGGCGCCAGAAACUGGAGAAGCUUGUCAAAAAAUUCAUGCAGAUGUUGCGGUUAGAUGGAAUGCAUGGAUAAAAUCGGGCCUGAAAAAAGAGGAGAAAGAAAAUCUGCUGAAAAAAUACCCUCGAGGGGGAUCCUGUCUGCUAGAGGCUCCAAUUCUGAACCCGGAAAUAGCGUCCACCCUAAAUGAAUCAGCGUUAAAGCGAGAUAACUAUUUCUGCAAUACACAAAAACUAGCAGGGUCAAGUCUGUCAGCACUAGCUCCGGUAAUUAAUCUACUACUGGAAAAAGAUAAAAUCGACUCAAAGGAAAUACUGGGCAACAUUUGGGACGCAGCAAGAAUCCAAGCCGAGCUCCACCACUCGCAAUCCAUCGCCCGACGCGCGUAUAUCCUACCAGGACUGACAAAACAGGUAGCAUCCUCAUUAGAGGAAAGACAAAUCGAUACGCACCUAUUUGUCUAUGGACAAACUGACCCACGAUUUAAAAGUCCAACCCCAGAAGAAAAGCCUAACAUCCAGUUCGGGAAACUGGAACGGCUCGUCAGUACCCCGCAGGCCGACGUUCGUGACGAGCCAGAAGUUCAAACCUCAGACUCCCAAGUCGGCUGCCCAAAAACUACCAGCGAGGCUUUCCAGCCAGAGCAGACCCAAUCAGACUCCGAAUCAGAGCUAUCGUCGUCAUCAAUCGAACAACAGCAGCAGCACCAACAGAUCACGAACCCAUUAGGAAGAGAACAAGAACAGGUAAAGUUAGCAGGAAGAUUGAAACAUUUUUUAAAGGCUUGGGAACAAAUUACACCGGAUAAAUUUAUCCGACAAUGUAUCACGGGUCAUAAAAUUAAUUUUAAAGAAAUUCCAUACCAAACUCAACGAUGUAAAUACCUAGGCUUCAUAUUAAAAUCUCGAAGGAUGAUAGUUGAACUUCCAGAUGAAAAGAGAAAUUCUCUUAUGACACAUGUAAAGUCCAUAAAAAACAAAAAGUCAUGCAAAAUAAGAAGGUUUGCACAGGUAGUAGGCAUGUUAGUAGCUAGUUGCCCGGGUGUUGAUUAUGGCAUGUUACACUGCAAACUAUUAGAGAAGGCCAAGCUAGAGGCUCUCGACCUUAGUGGGUUAGACUAUGACAAAAAUAUGAACAUCCCAGGCUAUGUCACAAAGGACUUAGACUGGUGCAAAGGACACAAACUCUAA